AUGUUCAGCCUCCGCUCGCUACUGCACCUCUGUCUUCCCUCCCCUCCCUCCGGCGCACAAAGCCCCACGACGACCCCCAUCGUGCGAGUCUCCUCCUCCUUCACGAGCUCGAACACGGCGGCCAACAACCACACGUGUCCGCUGUGCCGCGUGCGCUUCAGCGUCCCUCCCAAGACGCUGUGCAAGAGCUGCGAGGUCUUCGCUAGCACCUCGCCGGUGCCAGUCGUGGUUGUGACUUUCUGCGAUUGA